AUGAGUCGACAGUUUGUGCGAACGGUGAUCAAAGGCCUGAAGGGAGAGGUCGGCGACCUCAUGAGCCACACUCUCAAAGGACGUGAGCGUCAGAUGUUCCAGACUCGCCUGGAGAACUGUUUCGAGUACAACAUGGGCGAUGGGAAAUGUGCUCGGAGUGCGUUGGGGCUUGAUAUUUAUAAGGCCUUAUGCCCCACGGCCACCCAAGAAGAUCAAUUGAAUGCCGCCAAGGUGUGCAUUACCAAUGAAUUGGUGAGUUUAAGAUAUCAGAUAGCUGAAAUCUGGCUAUUUUCAGCUUCAAACCUUCCUUUUGGUCACUGAUGACAUUAUGGAUCAUGCCGUCACGAGGCGAGGGAAACCUUGUUGGUAUAUGUUGGAUGGGAUUGGUCUUACAGCUAUCAAUGAUGGUCUCUUAUUGGACUCCGCCAUAGAUCUACUGAUCAGAACAGUAAUCCCAAAUCAUCCAAAAAGGGAUAUCAUUCUAAGAGAUGUUUAUGAAGUAGGUCACGCAUAAAACAAUAUGAACCGAUUGGUUUAGACCAAAAGAGUAACGAUUAUCGGGCAAACCUUGGACUCUCUGAUGUCUGGCAUUGACGGAUGCACUUGGGAUCGAUAUCAACAAGUUGUAAAUCACAAGACCAGCCAUUACACGUACCUCCUUCCUCUUCAACUAGGAUUUCAUUUAGCCGAUCGAGCAGAUUACAAGCCUUUAGUGCCAUUUACGUUCAAAUUAGGUUAUUUCUUCCAAGCGCAGGUAUGUUAUGGAUCUUCUCCCUCAGCUGUCAUAUUUAAAUGUUUUAGGACGACUAUCUUGAUAUUUUCGGUGAUAACUCAGUUACUGGUAAAACUCCCACCGACAUAGCUGAAGGGAAAUGCACUUGGAUCAGUUGCAAAGCGUUGGAUUUGAUGAGAAAUCCAAAGAAUCCCAGAGAAGACCUUCUGAAGGAGUUCAAAGAACAUUUCAACAAAGAAGACGAUCGAUCUGUGGCCAGAGUCAGCGACAUCUUCAACGAACUCCAACUCGAUAAGGAAUUCAAAGCAUUUGAAGAGAAAGAAGUCCAGGAAUUACAUAACAUCAUCAACUCUAUCGAGCCCGAAGAACUUCGGCCGGUUUAUACGGAAUCUCUGAACUCUCUGACUGGAAGGAAAUUUUAA